AAUGAAUUCUAGAGACCCUCCUAGUAAAAUAUUGUUAUUGAUUAUAACUUACUUACCUUAAUCUUUCCCAUUAACAAAUGAUUUUUUAUUUGAAACUUUUAAAUAAUAUGGGGAAGUCAAGAAAAUAUUAAUUUUCGAAAGAGGAAAAACUAACAAAGCAUUUGUAGAAUACAAUGAAGUUAAAUAAGCUAUUUAAGCAAGACGUAAUAUGAUAGGAAAAUCCCUCACUCCUUAAGGAGGCAAGUAACACUUUCAGUUAUAAUUAUACCAGAUUAUUGAUUCAUUAUUCUCGCUUAAAAUAACUAGAUCUAGAAGUGGUUGAUCAUACAAGAGGCUCUGAAUAUCACUCUGACGAUGAAGAAACAUAACCAGAAUAGAAGUCUCCUUUAUAAUCAAUGACUCUACCUAAUUCAAUACCAGUAUCUCCUCCUUUAAUCAAGCCUCAAUCUAUUGAAUAGAUAUCGAAUAAUAUUAAUCAACACAAAGGAGUAUUAAAAAUUACUCAAGAAUCCCCUACCAAAGCAAUGUAAGUAUUUUAGUUUAUAUUCUAGAAUGGAAACUCAAUUACGUCAAUUAGAGAGAAUAUUAGAUGACGAUUAUGAAUAAGAAGUAGCCAAAAUUUAAUUGACUCAAUUGAAUUCCAAUGAUUUUGCUAUUCAAGAAUUAUUAAAUCAAUAACCAUCUAAAUAUUUAAAGGUUUCAAAUCUAGAUGAAAGAGUCACUCCAAGGAUGUUGUACAAUCUAUUUAAUAGAUUUGGACAUCUAGAAGCCUUAUUGUUAAAAAAAAAUAUUCAUUAAUCAAUUCUAUAAUUUGUAAAUAAAGAGAAUGCAAUUAUUGCUAAAGAAUUACUUAAUAAUGUUGUCUUUUUUGGAAAUGAGGUUGAUAUUUAAUUUGAUUAUAAUAGUUAAGAAUAUUAUUCUAGAAUGCUCAAAAUAUUCAAUUGCAGCCUUGCAAUCAUAAUGAAGAAUAUUAUUAAGGAAGUCAAACUAAAUUUAAAAUCGUUCCUUUGACAAGAGUACUAUAAUUUUCUGGUAUUACUUAAUUAUUAGAAAUCCAAGAUAUGGUUAAAUUAGUUGGUAAGAUUUAAGGUAAUCCUAUUCUCAUUUUUUAGAAAUCAAAUUAGAUUCUUAAACUAUUUAAAUAACUAUGGUAGAUAUCUAUGAAGCAUUAAAAGUGAUCUCAGUCUUUUCGGAGUAUGAUUACAAAGGAAAUAAAAUUAGUUUGACUUUAAAAUGA